GCGCGUGCCCAGUUUUUCAGCGGCGCGCUCCCUGGUAGCUUUGUAAAAAACCAAUUGGAAAAUGGCCGCCGUAGCAGUGAUGAGCGAAAUGGGAGGUGAAGAGGAGAGAUUGUUUCUUAAAAAAACAAAAUCACUCGUUCCUUUUUUGAUGUGACAUGUGACUCCCCAAAGGAGAUUUUGCCAUCUUGCUUCUUCUGUAAAUCAACUCCAUCAGGAUUCCAUGGUAGCUGUGAUGUUAGGGCUCAGAGAGGAAAAGACAGAAAACCAAGAUCUAGAGGGACUCAAAGGCAGACCACUGAAAUCCACAAAAAUAAAAGAAAAAAAAGAAGACAAAGGAGAAGACAGGGAGAAAUAUGAUUUGCCACAUGCUUCUUCAUACCAGUUUUUUGAGCCAGCGGAAGAAGGGAAAUUGGAAACUUCAGAUAUAGUCAGGUCAUCUGCUGUUUCUGAAGUCUCUACCUCUCCCAAACAAAGACGUUCUAUCAUCAGAGAUAGAGGGCCUAUGUAUGAAGAUCCUACCUUACCUGAUGGCUGGAGUCGCAAACUUAAACAGAGGAAAUCAGGCCGUUCUGCUGGGAAGUAUGAUGUGUAUUUGAUCAAUCCCCAGGGAAAAGCCUUUCGAUCUAAGGUGGAACUGAUUGCAUACUUUGAAAAGAUAGGUGACACAUCUUUGAACCCAAAUGAUUUUGAUUUUACAGUAACUGGGAGAGGAAGCCCUUCUCAGCGAGAACAAAAGUCAUCAAAGAAGCCACAAACUACUAAGACUUUGGAAGCAAGAAGAGGACGAGGAAGACCCAAAGGAAGCAGCACAGGAAAAACUAACACAGAUGAUUCAGAAAGUGUUCAUAUUAAAAGGGUGAUAAAAAAGUGUUCUGGAAAGCACCUGGUCAAAAUACCUUUUCAGUCUUUACCUGGAGGGAAGGAAGAAGGGGCUACUACAUCCACCCAAGUCAUGGUAACCAAACAUGUUGGUAGGAAACGGGUAAGUGAGACAAAUCCCCAAAACAUUCCCAAGAAAAGAGGCCGAAAGCCAGGUAGUGGGUUGGCAAUCACUUCUGCUGAAGUCAAGAAGAAAACAAUUAAAGAAUCUUUCAUCAGCUCAGUAAAAGAAACUGUGUUGCCCAUCAAAAAAAGGAAGACUAGGGAAACACUUAGUAUUGAAGUAAAAGAAAUGAUGAGCCCCUUGAUCUUAUCAGCCAUAGGAGAAAAGAGUGGGAAGGGAGUAAAAGCUGGAAAAAGUCCUGUUUGUAAAAGUAAAGAAAGUAAAGGACAAUGCAUUAGUAGCACCUCACUUAUGAAAACAAAGCCCUAUUAUCAUUACUUAGAAUCAUCUCAGGAUCUUCCAAAUCCAUUAUCUUCUGAGAGUUCUAAGACUUCAGACUCCUCUGAGUCCAAGGACUUAAGCAACAAAGAUAAGAAAAUGCAAAAAGGAGAACUUAAAAGUGACAGCUGUAUAAAAGAGCCCAUUAAAACUCAUCCCACUCCUACUGUCACAGAUAAGUAUAAACACAAAGAAGGAGGCCCAACAAAAUUCAUUGUUUCAUCCUCUCUGCCAGGGACAAAUACAGAAGGUCCUGUGGGUACCCAGAUGUUUGUAACUAAGAAAAUUAGUUGAUUUUAAUUGAUAAAAAUUAAAAAAAAAAUAAAGGCAGCUUUUGUUUCCUCUUAUGGGUAGGACUGUGAUAAAACUUUCGAAGCUAAUUGAAAUAAAACAUUUUAUGUUUUUGUUUUCUCGAAUAGUUAGAAUUUUGUGGCUUCUGGGUAAAACUAAUUGUGGAUAAUUGUAUAAGUAUAGAUAUUAAGUUUUGCACAUUUGUAGUAGAGUACUCUGUACUACUGAUUAGUCUAAACAUUUCAUCAAACAUUUUGUCAUAUGCCAAUUCCAUCAUUCAUCGUAAGAAUAGAGUGGCAUAUAAAUUGUCAUUUGAAACAUUGAAAUAAAUUAGAGUAGUGGACCUUGUAUUUUUAGUACCAUUAAUGCACUGGCCUGGAAUUUUAAAUUGGUGUCAAAAAAAAAAAAAUAAGAUAAAGGUCAACAAUAAAGCCAACUAUUUGUUUCCUUCUUUCUCAGAAUUUUACAGAGAUUUUCCUUUUUUUAAAUCUUCAUUUGGUGCCCUGACCAGAAUAGAUCUUUUGGUGAGGCAUCAUGAAUUGACCUACAUUAACUAAUUGAAAUCUUAUGUUUUAUUUUUUAUUUAUUCAAUAGAUACUUGAGAUUUAAAAGACUCAUGGAGAAAUAGUGAAUCACAAAUGAAUUUUACCAACUUCUAAAAAAAGCCCAUAAAGAAAUGGUUAUUUUUUUUUCUAAUUGAAAAUUCAGAGAACAGGUGGGGGAUAUUUAGUUUAUUUUAAAGCAAUUUGAAGGAAUUUGUUUUCUUAUUCUGCUUAGUUUCAUUCAUUACAGUGGUAAAUUGGCAGGAUUUUCCUACCUUUGGGAAUUUGUAUUUGAAAUCUAACAGUUAUUUGUAUGCAUAGAAUCUCAUUCCCAUAUUCCCAUACCCUUUUUAGUUCUCACAUUUUCAGUAAAUUGCUUGUAACAUUCAGAUAAUUUGUAAAAUAAGGUUACUGCACUAUUCAUUGUAUCAUGAUUUUUGAUAGGAAAAAAGAUAGAAAAAGUAAAAUGUGGAUUAAAUUGUACUUUGCUUUAGAAAUAAUAAAUGAAGAUUGAGUUCAAAUGUGAUCAUUGUCAAGGUACACAUUCUUGUGUCUUCUACUAAACUAAAAAUCAUUGGAACAGAAAUGUGGGCUUCUAAUUACUUUAAAAAUAGUCACAUAUAGAUUUGGACAUAUAAUGCAGUUUUUAAUUAUCUAUGUUUUUAUUAUUUUGCAUUCUUUUUAAAAAUUAUUGCUCAUAGGGAUGAAAUGUAAAGAAAUAGUUUUCAUUGCCUAAUUUUUUCCUUCAUUUUUGAUUCUUGAUAGGAAAAUGUUCUUAGAAAGAACUUUGUAACUCUCUUCUUCAUUAUUUAAGGGGAAAAAAAUGUUUCAAAACUUUUCACUUUUGUUCUUUAAACAUUUUGAUUUGAUUUCUGAUGUUAAAUUCCUUGAAAGGACACUCAUUUUUGCACUUUUUCUUUUGAAACCCCUCUGACAUUGGAAAGAAUUCUAUUAACAUUAUUUAUUAGUAUAACUUUUGCUUGUUUUACUUUAUUCUGGUACAAAUUUUGAAUCAUGUCAAGACUUAUUACUGACUACAUUCAACGUAAUGUCAGAACAGAAGUGGUUUCUAUCGAUUCUUACUGAGAUGUUUCUUAGAUGUCACAUAUUAUUAAAAAAAAUUCUUAGUUGAAAUUAUGUAUUUUUUAAAAAGGCUUUUUAAAUUGAAUCCUUUAGUCUUUUUCCUAUUUUCCAAAUUCUUAAUCUGUUCCCCACCCUCUUUUUUAUAUUACUUUUCUUUAUGCCUUAUUUUAGUCACUUGAAAAUUUUUUCAUAUUCUUGCUGGGUCUUUCCUUUUUUCUAUCCUGCUGUUAAUGUAGCAAAAUGAUCAACCAGGCAAAGAAUUAUUUUCAUCCACAAGAUUUGCAAUAAUUGAAAAAUGCUAUUAAUUGCGGAGAAUAUGAAAUGCUUUUGAUUUAUUUACAAGAGAUCUUGUACCAAAAUCACAGUUAGUUUAAUAAUUAGAAUUUCUAAUAAUUUCUGACAUUAAAAAGAUUUGGCUAAGAGUAAAAAUUCAUGAGUUGGUUUCCUGGCAAGGAAUCAAUUCAUCUAGAAGUAAAAUUGGAAUUUAUAAAUAUGUGUAUUGUUUUCUGCUUCAUAAUGGUAUGUAUGUAUUGAAGUAGUGACUUGUAUUAACUUGUAAUCUUUCAGGCUUAUUCAUUGUAAUUUAAAAGUUAUUUUGUCAUUUUCAUUUCUAUUAGUAAUAACAAUUUUUUUUUUGGUUUUAGGUGAUUCUAAUGAUUCAGAAAGUUAAAAUAAUCUGACUUGGAAUUAACUUUGUAUGUCUUUGGAUGGCCAGAGACUCCACAGCUUAGAAUUUGCCCAAUAGUUUUUUUAAAUAAAUAAGGAAGCUGCUUUAGCAAAGUUAAUUUACACAACUAGUUCUGCUUUCCAAAAUUAUGGCAGAAGUUGUGUCACUUGGAGAAUUGAAAUGAAAGGAAUCUCUCUUGAAGUAGCAAUUAGAUUUAGAUUCAUUGAAGAUAGCCAGUAGAGAAAUUUUAAAAAUAGUUCUUGUAUUAUAAGUUUUAUGUUUUGAGCUAUAAAAUUAAGUAACGCACAAAAAACCAAAAAUAUAUUCAGGCUUUUUAAUGCUUACUAAUUUUGCCUCAUAAUAGUUGUCCUGUUUAUAAAUGUUAAUUAUAUCUUUUUCCUUCACUGUCUCUUUCCAUGUUUCUCUUCCCAUACAUUCCCCAUUUUCUUCUUUUAGAAACUUUUUGCCUUUCAAUUACUUUUGACUUGUCUGAUUCUCUAUGACCUCUUUUGGGUUUUUGGCGUGAUUUGCAAAUUUAUAAUUUCAUUUUACAGAUGAGAAAACUAAACAAACAGUAACUCCUGGGGUUAUGUUAUCACAAAGUAAUGUGUCUCAAGCCGCAUUUGGAUUCAGGCUUUCCAAUUCCAGACAUUUCCCUUGUACCCAUUGCCCAAGAACUUAAAGUGAAGGAAUUUAUAUUUAGGCUACUUCCCCCUCCCCCAGUUUAGAUGCUAUAUAUGUUUAUUUCAGGAAUGUAUUUCAAUACAUUCAGGAAAUGUAUUGAAUAUCUGAAGUGAUCCUUAGUGCAGUAAUAAUUACUAGAUAGCAGCAAAAAGCAAAUCUAGUAAUAAAAUCAACCCCAACAAUUCCAUACCAUACAUUAUGCAAAAAUUUCAAAAACUAUUUUUUGCUUGAAAUAGAUAUCUUAAUCAAUGGAUUUUUUUUUUACAACUAGUCAUUUCUCUUAUAGCAGAUAAUUGAAGUUUGGGGAAGUUUGAAUUCUUAUAAUCCAUGUUUGAUGGCUCUGUUUUUGUAUUUAAGCGAAUAGAAACUUAACUGCAUAUACUUUAUCUUCAGUAUUUAUAAUUUUACCCGAAAGAAUACAUAAUAAUGAAUGAACUGAAAAUGCUAUUUUUUUGGACACGAUAGAGAAAUGUAAAAUAUGAAAUAUAACUUUUUGAAUCAUUAAUACAGAGAUAAUGUAUCUUACUUUUAGUGUCAUGUAACAGUGUCAUGUAAAUGCCUAUUGUAAUAUUGUUCAGUUUUAAUUAUGGUAUAAUGUGCUUAGCAAAUUUUUGCUUUGAGAAAUAAUCUUUUGACCAUGAACUAUUAACUUAAAUAGACCAGAUAUCUGACACCCAAAUAAUAUAUGUAAUCUUGCAUUUACCUUAAGCACAGAAGUACAAAACAUGUUUAAGAGUUCAUAUGAAAAGUUAAAUGGAAUUCUUUUUGAAGUUUAUAAUCUUGGAAACAUGCUUUUGCAUGUCAUACACCAUAGUUAUAUUGUCUAUUAGCAUCAUACUCAUCACAUUUUGAUUGAGACACAUACAAAAAAGAUGAAUUCCAAAAGAGAAUAAUCAAAGCAAUUGCAAGUCUUCAUUUUCCAUUUCCACAAAGAACUUUUACUGGAUUUUAAUAUCCAAGAAAAUAUCAUUCCAAGUUCAAGAUCAAGUUCAAUUGCAAUUAUGUGUAUAAGAUUCUUUGAAAAUGGUAAGUUAAAAUGAAGUAUUUAAAUUAAAUUGGAAAUAGUUUCCUGAUAUUACUUUUUUGUUAAAAUUCUUACUGAAUUUUAGUGAAACUAUAUAUAAAGUGAAAUUGUAAUGAAAGCUUUAUUGAUUUUUGGUUUGUCUGAUUUCAGGCUUUCUCAUAAAAAAGUUGUACAUCCUAGAGAAAAAAAUUAGAUCAAGUUUUAAGUUUUGAUUAUCUUUUUCUGCUUUUAAAAUACAUAUCUAUGUAUGUGUGUGUGUACAUGUAUAGAUAUAUAAAUUCAUUCUGGUUGUAAUGCCAUUAAAAAAACAAGCUAAUUGUAAUUCUAUCUGUUGAUUAUUUAAAAUAUUUUCCUGAUAUUUGUAGCAUUUAGGAUAAAUAAAAGCAAAUUCUAAAAAUAAAAA